CGGGCGGCGGGCGGAUUCGCGCCGUCCGCGGGGCCCAGCGCCCAGCCCGGGUUCUCUGGGAGCCCGGGCGUCUUGACUGCGUGGCCGCUCGGCGGCGUUUUGGGAGCUGGGAAGAAGGGAUCUUCUCCCUGGGCGCGCGUUCCUCUGAGGAGCUGAGUUCUAGAAGGAUCUGGGAAAAAGCAGAUAAAGUGUAGCAAUGGCUGCUGUUUAUUCUGGCAUUUCCCUUAAGCUUAAGAGCAAGACAACGGCUUGGGAAGAUAAACUAAAGCUGGCUCAUUUUGCUUGGAUUUCCCAUCAGUGCUUUCUACCAAAUAAAGAACAAGUUUUACUUGAUUGGGCAAGCCAGUCGUUGGUUACAUUUUAUAAGAAAAAACUUGAGCUGAAGGAGGAUGUUGUUGAGAGGCUUUGGAUCUAUGUGGAUAACAUUGUACAUAGCAGAAAACUGCAGAGUCUCCUCAAGAAAGGAAAGACGGUCAAUCUUCAAGUUUCCCUAAUUAAGAUCAUAAAUGAGAGGAUAACUGACUUUGCUCUUUCGGGACACCAUGGAAACAUUUGUGCUGUCCUGCACUGCUGUGAGGGCAUCCUCUCGACACCUGCCCUUGCUGUCAUCUACACAGCCAAACAGGAGCUGAUGGUGACCUUGCUGAGCCAACUCUGCUGGUCAGCCUGCCAGCAGCCAGAAGAAACAGUGACAACUCAUCUGUUCAAGGUCAUCCAUCUGGCCCUUGGCCAUUACCUCUUGCUCCAGCAGCAGCAGGCCAACUCCAGACGUGUCUUUGGGGAUAUGACAGGGCACCUGCUCCAGCCUUGCCUCAUUUUGAGGCAUUUGCUCUCUGGGGGCGUGUGGACACGGGCUGGUCAGGGCCAGCAGUGGCAGGUGCUAAGCCGGGAUGUCAGGAGUCAAAUUGAAGCUCUGCUUCAAGGUGGAAUUUUUCGGCUUGAUCUGCUCUCAUCUUACAAAGAGGAGCUCUUGGACCAGCAGCAAAGUGACAAAAAAAUGGGAGCCCUGAAAAAUCUUCUCACUCCAAUGGACACUGUGAUCACUAGGUUGAUGGAUAUUGGUGACGGUAAACCAGACCUUCAUGCUUCUGUUGUGGCCAGUUCAGUGGCCUUGCUGUAUAGACUCUUUCUGGACUCAUACCUCAAGGAAGGAAACCAGUUUCUCUGCUUCCAGGCUCUUCCCAAGCUGUUUGGCUGCUUGCAGCUCUCACACCUUCAAGAAGGGGAGAUGGAAACUCUGUCUACAUCAGAUUGGACCACAGAGCUUCUGACUGUAGAGCAGCUUCUAAACUCGGUGGCUACCAAUAAUAUCUACAAUGUGGCUGCUGACCGGAUUCGGCACGGGGAGGUGCAGUUCCACUUCUAUCGCCGUGUGGCUGAGUUGCUGAUAAACCACUCACAAGCACCUGUGCCAGCCUGGUUCCGCUGCCUCAAGAUUUUGAUUUGUUUGAAUCAUUUGAUUUUGGAGCCAGACCUGGAUGACCUGUUGUCUUCUGCUUGGAUCGAUGCAGAAGUAACAGAGUUUCGAACCAAAAAAGCCCAGGAGAUGCUUAUUCACACCCUCUUCCAGACAUAUGCCAAACUCAGACAGGUGCCACAGCUGUUUGAGGAACUUUUGGGAGUGAUCUGCCGUCCCGCUGCUGAAGCAUUGAGGCAGCCUAUACUAGCCUCGGGCCCCUCCAUGGCCCUCUGUGAAUGUCUCCUGGAGCUACCACCAAAUCAGGUCCUGGACACAUGGUUGCUUGUGCUAGAGAAGUUUCAGUCUUUAGUCCUGCCUGGUUUGCAGAGUGAUACUGACAUGGCCCUAAAGGCCCUGUCCCUGAGCUCACUGCUACACUGCAUCAUGUUCAACAUGAGGAGCCUGGACAGCAGCAUGCCCCUUCCAGUCAUCAGACGGACACAGUGCAUGAUGGAGAAAAUGCUUGGAGAGCUUGUGAAGCCACUGCUGGCCUUUCUCCUCGAUCCCCCAAACCGAGAGCCUGAGCUGUGGCAGAAGGUGUGUGACUCCACAUUCCUCCUGUCUUAUACCUGGGCCCAGGUGGAUGCCACUUUCAGUUUGAACUGUAGCCAGUAUUGCUCUGUGGCUGGGCCCCUGACUGGAGCUGCUCUGGACGUCUCAGAUCUUCCUUUGUUGCUCCCAGGUGUGGAAAUACAGCAUUGGAAGAAAGUAGAGAAGUUCAUGUUACAGUCUAGCUCUCUCAGUAGGUAUUGCUUAGAACAGCUCUACCUGCAGAAAAUAAAAAGGACUUUAUUGAAGAUUGGCUCUGGGUCUGAAGAAACUCUUCAAAUUUUGAAGCAUGAUGCUGCCUACAUUCUUGGCUUAGGCAGAGAUAGCUUAAAUCAGGGGACAACAGCUUCCUGGGAUGGGCAGAUAGGGACAGUGAGUGUGUCCACAUACCCCAUAGCACACUGGCACUUGAUUGUAUCAAAUCUCACAGUUCUCAUACCCUGCCUUUGUCCAGAUGAUGUGAAAUACCUAGCCACUGUCCUGUUAAGAACUCUACCAAGGAACAAAGCCCAAGAAUGCUUAGCAGAUGAAGAACCACUUAUUACUCUUGAGAAAGUAUCCACAGCCCUCCUUCACAGCCCUCUCUUCCCUGAGAUGCAGUCUCUCCAUUCUGCCUUCCUGAUGUGCAUUGCUGCCACAUGUUCUGGCAUUCUGUGUUCUGGUGCCCACCGUGACCUGGAUCUUCUCAGUCAGCAGCUGCCUUGGCUUUUCGAAAAAGACAACCACACAAUUGAAGCAUAUUGGGAAACCAGAUUUGUAAAGGUUGGGCCUGAAAGUGUAGAACCAAGAGGAGAAGUUGCCCAGAACUUACUAUUCUUUGUCAAGAGGGACUUCCCCAUCCAACUGGAGGAAGGGCAACUAGAAGGCCUUCUGGGUCUCAUGGAGGUCAUCUCCACUCUGCACUUGGAUAGCUUCUCACCACUCUAUCAUGUGCACUAUUUUACUCUGCUACUGUCUAUGGCUGUCACCACACUGAGGUGUUCUCACUCCUCCUUGGCCCUCCAGUUCUUAGUUACUUGCUACCGACUUCUUUGUGGCCUACAGAGGGAAAGGAGUGCCCGCUCUGUGUUUAAAGUUAUGUAUGUCAGUGAUAUUUUUGAGCUUGUGUUGACUUCACUGUUGCAGGCAAGUAGUGGGCUUCUUGUUGAGGUGGAUGACUCAUCUUGGUUGCAGCUCCUCCAAGAGGUGGGGACAUUCUUGGAACAGCUAAUGCAGAUGCUCAUCCAGCUAAAGCUGAGCGUGGUGCUCAAUUUUGGGAAAAUUGCUGCAUUCCUCUCAAGGUGCAAAUUGUACCCUGAGACAGCUUCCAGCAAACAGCUGAAAAUCCAGAGCCCUCUGGGCAGCCAGCUGCUACUGGUAUCUCUAACCAAGUUGUGCCAAGUUCUAGGGCCUUUUGUCAGUGAGCAGAGGCAGCCUCAGGAGGCCUCAGCAGUACUGCCUGAGCUGCUGCAGCAGGCCAUGAUACAAACAGGCACUGUGAUGCAAUUCUGCUCAACGCCGGGACCAGGGGGCUGCCACCUGCCCUCAGCUCUUCUCUCUGCCAUUGCCACAGUCUUGGAAGUGGACCUGAGCCAGUGCCCUAGGGAUGGAGGGCCCAACAUGGCACAAAUGGCAGAGAGAGCACUUCCCUCACGUACUGCCCUGUACCAGGAUGUCUACACUCAGCUGCUGUCAGAGCUGGUGGCCCUCGCAGGGAAUAUACCAUCUUUCCAGGCAGCCUUGCGGUUUCUGACUCUGUUUUUUUCAGCUCCUGACCUUCAUCCCAAGAAGGGAUCUGUUUUCGCCUCCAUGUUUCAUUCUGUGAGAAAACUUCUUGCAGAUCCGGACACUUCUGCCCAGGUUACUCAGGAUAUUGAGUCUCACUUGGAAGCACUUUUCACCCAGAUGUUAGAGGCUGGGACGAUGGAGGACUUUGGGCUGGUGAUGCAGUCUAUUCUCAAGGGGCUGGAUGUUAGUCAUGCAUGGAGAGCAGACCUACAGGCUGUGUUGUCUGCUGUCAGAUUGCUCAAACUGCUGCUAAACUGCCCACUCAGCAGAGAGAAAGCAAGUUUGCUGUGGCGUGCAAGUCCCCAGAUAGUAACUGCUCUGACGCUGCAACACCGAGAGGCCUGUCAGGAGCAGCCAGUGGCUGUUGCUGUGGUUGGGCCUAUUCUAGAUGUCCUGGCUGCCCUGUUGCGACAGGGGGAGGAAGCCAUCAGCAACCCGCACCACGUCAGCUUGGCCUUCAGUAUCCUGCUGACAGUUCCUCUGGACCACCUGAAGCCACCAGAGCACGGCCUCAUCUUCCUGAAGAUGCACAAUGUGCUCUUCUCCAUCCUGCAAUGCCACCCUAAGGUGAUGCUGAAGGCCAUCCCGUCUUUCUUGAACUCUUGUAAUAAGCUGUUGUUUUCAGUUAUGCAUGAAGGAAGGCAGAAAGACAAAGGAAGCAUGGCUGAUCUGCCAAUGGUCCUGGAGUGUGCACGCCUGGUAGAACGGAUGUACAGCCACAUUGCUGCACGUGCUGAGGAGUUCGCCAUGUUUUCCCCCUUCCUAUUGGCAGAGUAUGUGACGGAGGCACAGAAGGUGACCUUGUACCCAGGUGUAAAGGACUUGCUGCAAGGGGGUAUCUACCUCAUCCUGGACCUCUGCACCGAGCCUAAUGUCCAGUUCCUGCGGGCCUCACUGCAGCCAGGAGCACGCGAUGUCUUUAAGGAGCUGUACAGUGACUACCUCAAGUACCACAAGUCUAAGCAAGAAGGAGAGAGGAGAUACACUGCAUAGGCCACGUUGUAGCAUGGUUGUGCAGGACACCUUGCAGGGGCUGUGCCUUGCCCUCUUGAGCCUCCAGAGUGAAAGACUUCAGAUGCUCUCAUCACAAUGUUGAUUGAUGUCUUCUGUGUGAAACCCUUGGGAGCUGUGCCAUAUAUUUUCAUAUC